GAUAUACGCGUCGUCAUAGCAAGAAUCGACGCAGCGUUGACCAUCCUCUCCUAUUUAACAGUCUGAAUAGGGUAUAUCGACUGUCUAUAUCACGCACUUGGACACCUGGAGGUAAACAUGUCAUGGUUUGCAUUAUGAUAAAUUCAACAUUAUACAAGUUUAUAACUGAAUGAAUAUGAAGAUUUCAACGUUGUUACCAGCUGUACUUUAACGGAACUGUUUCGGUAUUAUUGACAGGGGGUCAUUAUGAGCCGAGCAGCAGCCAGAUACAAUGACACCGGAAGUAAUAGGAAGUUAAAAGAUAACAGUCCAAAUAUGGAAGAAAUAGAAUUAAGAUACAACGAAAGAGAAAUAAUGCAUGCUGGUGAUUCAGAUAUAACAGAGGCAGGAGACAAUACAGAAGAUCAGGAGGACGAAGACUUACAGGCAAUCAUCUGGAAAAAAAUCUUCCAGAAGACAGGAAUUCUUAGCGCGUUCUUCAAGAGGAAUAGAAAGACUCUGAAGGACGUCUUCAUCGUUUUACUUAUAUGCCUGUAUUCCGCCUACCUCAUCGCUGCGUGCAUCAAUGACUUCGAAGCAGCCCUCAUCCUCGUCAUCAUCACGAGUAUAACCGUGGUCGUAUACAGCUAUGUCCUGAUCAGGGAUACUAAAGGGGAGGUCAUUGAUGACCGCUGCAUCAAACCGAUGUGGAGAGUGAUUGAACAGAAAUGGACCUACUUAAAAUGGCCCUUGAUGGUUGCAUCACUUGUUGGAUUCGGAGUUGUGUUGUACUUAGUGACAAGAAAUAAUCCCAUCCAACUCAUCUCAUUCGCAGGGCUGGUCCUUCUUAUUCUAUUAUGUUAUUUUACGUCAACAAAUCCAAACAAGGUAUUGUGGAGACCGGUCAUAUGGGGCUUAGUCCUGCAGUUUCUUUUGGGCUUCUUUGUCCUACGUACCUACGUCGGGUUGGUCAUCUUCGAGAGGCUUAACACGGUGAUCGUACGGCUCUUCAGUUAUUCCUCUGCUGGUGCCAUCUUCCUCUUCGGCGAAGGGUAUCAGGAACACUUCUUCGCAUUCGCCGUGCUCCCCAUAGUGUUCUACUUUAGCGCCCUCAUCGGUGUACUCUACUACUGGGGGAUCAUGCAGGUAUUGAUCCAGAAGAUGGCCUGGCUCAUGCAGAGGACCAUGAAGACUACUGCCAUCGAAUCCAUCAACGCUGCUGGGAACAUCUUCUUCGGCAUGAGUGAGUCUUCCGUGAUGAUCGCGCCUUACCUAGAAGUCAUGACCAAAUCGGAGCUCCAUGCCGUAAUGACCGGAGGUUUGGCCACCGUAGCAGGAGCCACGCUCGGUGGAUACAUCUUCGCUGGGAUUGACCCUUCACACCUGAUAGCUGCAUCGGUGAUGUCGGCGCCGGCAGCCCUGGCUAUAUCCAAGCUGGCAUUCCCAGAGACCGAGAAAUCAAAACUCGUCACAGAGAGCGACGUUGAGCUUCCAAAAGGAACUGAGCGCAACGUGGUUGAAGCAGCAGCAAACGGAGCAGCACUGGGUAUAUCACUUGUCCUCAACAUCGCUGCCAAUCUUGUGGCCUUUCUAUCCCUCCUAGCCCUCCUAAACGCACUCCUCGGAUACAUUGGAGGACUUGUCGGUUAUCCGGAGUUAACCUUUGAGUUGAUCUGUUCCUACGUCUUCAUGCCCUUGGCCUUCAUGAUGGGGGUGGAAUGGUCGGACUGUCAGGUGGUGGCAGAGUUGAUCGGUCUCAAGACGUUCCUAAACGAAUUCUAUGCUUACGGUGUCAUGGGGGAGUACAUUAGAAACAGAGCAACGGGAAAUGGACCAACAUUGUCUGUACGUUCAGAAGUUAUUGCGACUUACGCCCUCUGCGGCUUCUCAAAUAUAGGCUCAGUAGGAAUGAUCUUGGGCAUCCUUACCCCACUGGCACCCAAUCAGACUAAAAUCCUGUCCCCGGUGGCUCUCCGUGCCCUCUUCGCUGGAUCCGUUGCUUGUUUCACCACAGCUUGUAUCGCAGGAAUUCUAUACGUACCCGAAGACGUCCUGGUAACCAACUCGACUUCGAUCCCGGGGAUGACCACCGUAUAUUGAAAGGGGAGAGGGGAAUGAUGAGCGGCACGACUGCUGAGGCUGAUGAAACGGUUCUUGCAUUGUUUCAAUCAAUUCUUUGUACAUCAUUUCUCCUAUCAGGGCCCCGUUUCAUGAAAGAAUCACAACAGUUGUAACUUAGUCACUAUGGCAUGGUAACAAGGCUUUGCAGCCAAUCACAAUCAAGGGUUCCAAGGUAGUUGCCAUAAUGGAAUAGUUAUAACAGUUACAAUUCCUUUAUGAAAUAGGACCCAAGAGUUGCGAGAUGCUCGCACUCUGGGAAUGCUAUAUUUUAAAACUUACCGUUCAAAUGUUUCUGUUACUAAGCUUGAGAGAUAGUGUCAUAGUGCUCAUCAUUUUCACCUUGAUUUAUCGACUCUUCGCAUUGACUGUACUCAGAACAAACUUUUGAUGACCGCGAAAUAUAAGUAAGUUUGUUCACCACUUUUGAUCAUUACCGGAUUGUCAAUAAGCCUGUUCACGGUUGUAAACUCCGCACGAGCAGAAAAAGGUCAUUGGAGACAACCAUGAAGGUGGCUUUCAAAUUCACUGACAUAGGCAUUUGUGAUUUGAUGAUUAUUCAUGUAUUCCUUUCAAAAUAUUUAUCACAUCCAAGCUGAAGACUAAUAUAAUAUAGAGCCUUCAUAAUCACUGGUAUUUGACAGUAGCCUAAACAAUAGUCAAAUGUGCCAAAUGCAGACAAUAAAACAGAUUUCCAAACUUUAUCCCUGAUGUACUAUUCUAGUCACCUGGUCUAUACAAUGUCUUUUGUUCUUAGAAUUUGAAUACUCUACCGGUAAAGCUUACGCAACAUCUACAUUUGAAAAUGAUAAUGCUUAUCCUAAUGAAAAAUCACAAAGGUUAUUUGAGAAAAGUUGAUCAUGAGCUAACCGUGAACUGGCUUAUUGUGACAGAAGGGAUAUUUUUAUCAGCGACUUUCUGAUCUAUAUAGAAGAAAAUGUCAACCCAGUCCCAUCUGAUAUUAUUCUUGUAGUCUAUCUCACAUAAAACUUACCGCCCUUUUACACGCUAAAAAAAAAUCAUAAUUUGAAUGAUGAUUCCAGUGAAAACUAAGGCUAAUGACGAAUAUAUUUAGCACGUGUGAAACCAAACUAGAACAUGAUUAGAAUCACGAACGCUAAUCAGAGUCACGAUUACAAUCGCAAUCAUUAUUACAAUGAUGAUUCAAGAUUCACGUGUGAAAAGGCCCUUGAACUUUCAUCAAUCAGUAAUCUCCUGAGCAUCUAUUCUUUACCCUGGGAUCUACACAAGGAUUAUUGCUGGACUUAACAAUGGCUAAUACAUGGACCACCAAAAAUCUUGUCAAGGAUGUAUAGUAUAAGUAGCUUUAAAUACGAAAGCAGCGUGGAAGUUAGAGGGCCUUUUCACACGUGAAUCUUGAAUCAUCAUUGUAAUGAUGAAAGCGAUUGUAAUCGUGACUGUGAUUAGCGUUCGUGAUCCUAACCAUGUUUUAGUUUGGUUUCACACGUGCUUAAUAUUCGUCAUUAGCUUUAUUUUCAACUGGAAUCAUUAUUCAAAUUAAGGUUUUUACCGUGUGAAAGGGCGGUUAGUCAGAUAAAAUCCUAGAAGGGUGAUUCCAUACGUGUCGUACGGGACAUUUAGAGAACAUUUGACAGUUUUUUUACAAGAAAAACAAAAAAUAUUCCAGUAACUAAAUGUGAUCAUCAAGUACUACCAGAGUGUUAGGAAAACAAAGACUUAACAUGACUUAAUUUAAUUUAAAAUAGUAAUGUGUCGUACGGACGCAGAAAAGUGGCUUUUUUAGAAAUCUCAAGUUUGUACUCUAAAGUCUGUGAGUUGAACAGAUAAUUUUCAUAGAAACCGAACUUAAAUUGAUAUUCAAUUACCCAAGAACAAACACAUCUAUGAAAGAAAGCAAAAUAAACAUUCAUGAAUAAAUAAAGCAAAUUACAAUUUUCGAGAACAUUGUGGCGUACGGGACACUCAAAAUGUGUCGUACGGGACAUCUCUAAAUUGAAGCCAAAUUUUCCUACAUUAUGUCUCUUUGACUUCUUCAAUCACUUUAUUUGGCUGAUGAUAAUGAUAAUCCUAUCAAACUAAAGACAUUCAUUAUGUUAGAAACCGCUUUUGGCUGAAUAUAUAUGUCAAUAUAUCAUAAAUAAAAUAAUGUGUCGUACGGGACACUUGUGUGUCGUACGGGAUGCUUGUGUGUCGUACGGGACACAUGUGUGUCGUACGGGACACUUGUGUGUUGAACAGGCACUUGCGUGUUGUACUGGACAGCCUGAAUAAAACAAUGAACUUUUCAUCGAUUAGAAGGGGAGCAUUGCCCCUAAAUUCUUCCUUUUUAAUGAAAAGCCUUUUAAUAAGUAGUCAUUCAGGACAAUAUAAUUAAGUAACCUCAAUAUAUACAAUCGGGCGCAAUAUAUUAUCCUUUUUCUCAUGAUGGGAAAUGUACUAUGGUUCACAGCAUUUUUACGAGCUGAAAAACUCGAGGUUUUGUGUGAAGUUAUAUUUUAGUGAAUCAAUUGAUGAUUUCCAAUACACUAUUUAAACAAUGAAUGAAUGAAACUGUUUGUGUAAAUUAUGGGGCAAAAAUGUUAUGAUUUUUCAUAUAAAAUGUAUAUAUACAUGAUAUGUCACAACUGUCACUUGAAAUUCCACAAAAUAUUUUUUUCUAAAGAAAUGCGAUUCUACUUUUUCAAACCUUUCUGCAUUUCAUGAAACCAUAUGAUUUGUCUUAUUUUCCAGAUUUUUUUUCACAACUUCAAAAAGUAAGGAGUUUCAAUACUGUAUAUAAAAAAAAUAGUGAUCAUCAAGGAAAGUCCACAUAGAUGAUUGAUAUGUAAAUAUUUUUUUUUUUUACAUCUUAUGAUAAUUUCACAUUAGCAUGCAAGAGGAAGUCAUCUUCCAGGCUAGGGCGAAUCAAUUAUAGAUCAUAUUUUCUUUUCAUGCUCAAUGACAAAGAAAUUAACCUGCUCUGACAAGUGAAAAUCACCAGUUUAGCUGAAGGGAUUCACAAAAGAAUACGCCUACAUGAAGUCAAUUAAAAUGGUCAGAAUCACCUAUUUCAUGUUCUAUGUGGAUAAAUGAAGUACUUUUUCAGUUCACUUUAUGUCAAAUCAAUUACUUAAAUUAAAAUAGGCCUACUAUUUAUAGUUUCUGAAUCCAAAUCCUGCAAUUAAACACACUGUGUCGUACGGGACAACUUUUAAUAGGACAAUUAUAGAAAAAUGAAGGGCAGUAAUUAGAUCCUUAUGGGAUAAAUCGAUCACCCAUGGGUCAAAGAUAGAGAAACUGAUAUCGUGAAAUUGCAUCAUCAAAAAUAAAAUUGUAGGAAAAACUUUUGCAUUUUCAUGUGUCGUACGGGACAUUGUCAAAAAUAGGUUCGGAAAAAUCAGGGCUGCCCCUAUUAUGGAUCAUGAAAAUGUUGUAGAUAUUAUUUGGAACCAUCAAUGAUACAUUAUUCCAUUGACCCGCAAUAUUUUCAAUCUUCUCAUGCUUUACCAAUAAUCGUUUCAGGCAGUGUUUGUAAAUGACUAUUUAUUUAGCAAAAUUAUUGAAAAUUGAAAAUGCCAUUGUUUCCCCCCCCC